AUGGCUUCAAAAUCCAGAUCUGGUUUAUCGGAAUCGUCGAACAAAGCAGCAUCACCGGCUACGCCGAACAAAGCAGUGUUGCCGGCUACUCCUAACAAAGCAACUCUCAGCAAAGUGCCACCGGCAACUCCUAAUAAAACAUCACCUGCAACUCCGAGAGUUAGUAAACUCGGUAGAGGUGUGUCUAAACCGGAAUCUGAGUCACCUUCGCCGUUGCAAGCGUCACGCCUUUCUGCUGAAAAAUCAUCGCCGCGAUCUUUGAAUUCAAAGCCGAUUGCUGACAGGAAAUCGCCAAGACCUACCACACCAGCUGAUAAGCCAACGCCGCGAGUUGCUCUUAAGAGUUCAGAGUUGCAGACACAGUUAAAUGUUGCGCAAGAAGAUCUAAAGAAAGCAAAGGAACAACUGGUUCAGGCCGAGAAAGAGAAAGUAAAGGCAAUAAAUGAGCUUAAAGAAGCACAAAAAGUGUCUGAGGAAGCAAAUGAGAAACUUAGGGAGGCAAUGGUGGCUCAGAAGCGUGCUGAGGAUGAUUCUGAGAUUGAGAAGUUCAGAGCUGUUGAGCUGGAACAGGCUGGAAUUGAAGCUGCUCAGAAGAAGGAAGAGGAAUGGCAGAAAGAGCUUGAAAGCGUAAGGAACCAGCAUGCUUUGGAUGUGUCUGCUCUUCUCACCACCACUCAGGAGCUUCAGCGAGUUAAACAAGAGCUCGUCAUGACUUGCGAUGCAAAGAACCAGGCACUUAGUCAUGCAGAUGAUGCAACUAAAAUUGCUGAGCUUCAUGUUGAGAAAGCGGAGAUUCUUUCGGCUGAACUGAUACGGUUGAAGGGCUUACUAGAUUCGAAGCUGGAAACCGAGGCAACUGAAAGCAAGGUUGUGUUGGAGCUACAAACGGAGAUUGAAGCCCUUAAGCAAGAGCUUGAAAAGGCGAAGGGUUAUGGUGAAAAGUUGGCAGAGAAAGAGGCUUUGAUUGAACAGCUUAAUGUCGAGUUUGAAGCUGCUAAGAUGACUGAAUCUUAUGCGCAUAGUGUGCUAGACGAGUGGAAAAAAAAGGUUGAGGAACUAGAAUUGAAGGUCGAAGAAGCAAAUAAGCUGGAGAGAUCAGCAUCGUUGUCCUUGGAAUCUGCAACAAAACAGCUAGAAAGUAAAAAUGAACUGUUGUAUGAUGCAGAAUCUGAAAUUUCUAGUCUUAAAGAGAAAGUGGCAAUGUUGGAAAUGACAAUUGGGAGGCAAAGAGGAGAUCUCGAGGAUUCGGAGCACUGUCUUCUCGUGGCAAAGGAAGAAAGUCUUGAACUGUCAAAGAAGAUUGAAUCUCUAGAAUCUGAAAUCGAGGCAGUUAAUAAAGAGAAAGCUCAGGCAUUGAACAAUGAAAAGAUUUCAGCUUCAAGUGUGCAGACCCUAUUAGAAGAGAAAAACAAACUUAUCAACGAAUUGGAGAUUUCUCGUGACGAAGAAGAAAAGACCAAAAAGGCCAUGGACAGCUUAGCUUCCGCGUUACAUGAAGUAUCUGCAGAAGCCAGAGAAUCAAAAGAGAAGCUAUUAUUUUACCAAGCCGAACAUGAAAGCUAUGAGACUCAGAUUCAAGAUUUAAAAUCGGUCUUAGAAGCUAGUGAAGAAAAAUUUGAGUCCAUGCUUAACAAUGCACAUCACGAGAUUGAUGUUCUAACAUCUAGUAUUGAAAAUUCCAACAUUGAUAUUGCAAACUCUAAGGAGGAGUGGGAGCAGAAAGAACAUCAUCUUGUGAGCUGCUUAAAGAAAACCGAAGAAGAAAACUCAUCCCUUGGAAACGAAAUAAACAGGUUGAUUUCUUCACUGAAAGAAACCGAGGAAGAAGCGAAUGUCAAAAGAGAGGAAGAAGCUCAACUGAAGGAAAACAUGAAAGAAGUUGAGGCUGAGGUGAUCCAUCUGCAGGAAGCACUUAAAGAAGCACAUGCUGAAAACAUGAAGUUGAAAGAGAGUUUAUUGGAUAAAGAAAAUGAGUUUCAGAAUAUUUUUCAAGAAAAUGAGGAGCUUCGGUCUAGGGAAUACACGUCCAUUAAGAAGGUGGAGGAGCUAUCUAAGUCGCUCGAAGAAGCUACAACACGAAACCAAAGCGAGGAAAACGGUGAUCUCACCGAUAGCGAGAAGGACUACGAUUUGCUUCCUAAAGUAGUAGAAUUCUCUGAAGAGAAUGGACACGGAGGAGAAAGCGGCAUAUCUAAGGAAGAGCUUCUGGUUCCGGUUUCGGUUUCGGCCAAUGAAGAAAACAUUGUCCUGAAAGACAAGUUUGAAAAAACAGAAUCUUUCAAAUCUGAUAAUGUGAAUGGAAAACCAAAGAAAGAAGAUGAGGGAAAGAAAGAAGAUGAUUCUGUUGAAUUGAAAAUGUGGGAGAGCUGCAAGAUAGAGAAAAAGGAGUUCUCGCCGGAGAAAGUAAUAGAACGAGAAGAAUCAUUUGAAGAGGAACUUGAGUCAAAGAUAGACGAUAGUGAGACAAAUGGUACAUCUGUGACAGAGAACAUUGAGGACGGUGCAAGUUCGCCUACAAAGCAACAAGUGGUGAAGAAGAAGAAGAAAGCUUUGCUUGGUAAGUUUGGAAGCCUGUUGAAGAAAAAGAGUGGUGGCAAAUAG